AUGCCACCUCCUUCUAAUAGCCAUGUCAGAGGUGGAAUAGCAACAAAUCCGAUUAUUAUUUUUACAAAAAUGGUGGCAACAUUGUUAUUGAUAAUACCUUUAAUGAGUGAAUAUACGUUGGGUAUUGAAGUUUUCACAAAUCAUUUUCUUGUACAUUUAAACGAACCUGGAAUUCACAAUGCACACAAAGUUGCUAAACGUAAUGGAUUUAUUAAUCGAGGACCUCUUCUCGGUUCUGAUUCUGAAUAUCAUUUUGUCCAACCCGCACUUUCUCAUGCCAGAACUCGACGUUCAAUAGGUCACCAUACUAAAUUGGCACGCGAUCCACACGUAAGGAAUUUUUUAAAAUAA